AUGCUAUCUUUCUUUCUUUCUUUGAUUUCAUUUUUCUUUCUUUUUCUUUCUUUCUUUAAAUUUUCUUUUCUACGUUUUUAUCUUUCUUACAUUUUUCCUUUUUCUUUUUUUAAUUUUUACAUUUCUUUCACGCAUUUACUCAUGCAUUGGUCAUUCACUCAUUUAUUCAUUCAUUCUUUCUUUUUUUCUUUCUUUCUUUUUUCCCAUGUACAUUUCUUAUGUGUCUUCUUUACUUUCUUUCUCCCAUUUUGUUGUUAUUUGUUCAAUUGUUUGCUUCCUUCCUUCCUUCCUUCCUUCCUUCCUUCCUUCCUUCCUUCCUUCCUUCCUUCCUAUUCUUACUCUAAUCCACAUUUACUGUUUCUAUCUUUACUCAAUUUUUCCCCGUGUAUGAUUUUUACCUUUCUUUCUUUUCAUUUUCACUUUUCCUUCCUUCCUUCCUUCCUUCCUUCCUUCCUUCCUUCCUUCCUUCCUUCCUAUUCUUACUCUAAUCCACAUUUACUGUUUCUAUCUUUACUCAAUUUUUCCCCGUGUAUGAUUUUUACCUUUCUUUCUUUUCAUUUUCUUUUUCCUUCCUUCCUUCCUUCCUUCCUUCCUUCCUUCCUUCCUUCCUUCCUUCCUUCCUUCUUUCCUUCCUUCCUUCCUAUUCUUACUCUAAUCCUCAUUUACUGUUUCUAUCUUUACUCACUUUUUCCCCGUGUAUGA